AUCUUAUCGCAGGAAUGGAAAAGAUGGCCAAUUAACUUCUGAAAAGUGAUGCUGACACAAUAUUGAAAGACUGAGGUGAAUGCUAACCUUCGCAUACUUUAUCUUAUUCACUCUUUCUUCUCAGUCCACCCCUUCUAUCAAUAGCCCAUGCCAUGCUAGUCAUCAUAGGAUACAGAGUGAUAUCGCAGUAAAGACUGAUUCUCACAGAGAAAAGCGUGGUGCAACAUUUGUGAGGGAUCUCCUUUGGCCUCAUGGUGUCAUACCAUACUCUAUUUCCCAUGCAUUUACUGAUAACAUAUAUGAAAACAUAAAAACUGCUAUUCGAAUCUGGGAAGCUCAUACUUGUUUGAAGUUUGUACCACUUUCCAAUGAGACGUAUGGGCUUAAAUUUGAACCCCAAGAUUGUGGCUGUUGCUCUUUUGUUGGUCGCCAGCAGUUUGGGAAUAACAAGCCUCAGGAAAUAAGCAUAAGUGGUCAGGAUUGUGAGAAUGUUGGUCACAUGCUCCAUGAAAUUGGUCACGCAAUUGGAUUUUGGCAUGAGCAUGUAAGACCUGAUAGAGACCGAUUUGUUAAACUUAGAGAGGAAAACAUUGAUCCCCAAUCACUUCACAACUUCGAGAAGAAAAAUCUUACUGAAAUCAACAGCCUGGGAGAACGGUAUGACUACAACAGUAUCAUGCAUUAUAGCCCACGUUCAUUCAGCAGAGAUAAUGACAAGAAAACCCUCAUUCCAGUAUCUAAGUUCAAGUCUAUCGGCCAACGAGAACAGCUAUCAAUAAGUGACAUCCGUCAGGCCAAUAAGCUAUAUCACUGCAGACCUGAUAAGAAUCAAUGUCAAAAGAACAAUGGAGACUGCCAGCAUAACUGUGUGGAGCUUCACAAGGGAUACAAAUGUCGUUGUCGUAGAGGUUAUCUACUUGGGAGUGAUGGGAAAAGUUGCCAUUUGUCUUGUAAUGGCCAUUGGUUUGAACAACCUGAGGGGAUGAUUUUCUCUCCAAAUUACCCUUACAAUUAUCCUCCAGAUGCUAGCUGCUCUUGGGAGAUCCGAGCUCCAACUGAUUAUGAGAUUAAACUUCAGAUCUUCAAGUUAGAGCUAGAGUCAAGUCAUACAUGUUUAUUUGACGUGCUGAGUAUUAGGAGAUGGUUUAAAAAUGACUGGGAAUCUGUGGCUGAAUUUUGUGGAAAUAAGUUUGAACGAAAGAUGAUUGUUAGAAGUCCUUUUGUUAGAUUACUGUUUCGAUCUGACAGCUCUGUUCAACUGAAGGGAUUUAAAGUCUUCUACCAAUUUGUCCCUAACCCAUGCUCCAGAAAGCCAAAAAUUUGUCGCCCUCCUGUACACCCUCCUGCUGAACAAAAGUACUAUUCACUAUCUGUAGAAGGUAACUCCUGUGACAACGUGUAUGUGACAUCCGCUGCAGAAAUUAUGUUUCCUGCUGAAAGACCUUUUGCAUGCAUUGCCAAGAUUUCUCUCAGGCGGCAAAAGAAAGUUGUCCUUGUCAUAACAUCAUUAGAGACCUUCCAAACAGACUGUAAAGAGGAAUUCCUGAUGAUAAAAACUGGAAACGGCCAAAAGAUGUUAAAAAAACUGUGUGGUUCAAUGAAAUCACAGAUAAUCUAUGUUCAUAGCAAUGUUGUCAUAUUGGAAACGGUUUUAAACUCUCCCCUGAGUUCUGUAAAGAUAAGUUAUUUCUCAUAUUAAGUCAUAGCCCAAUCUUAGUCGAUCUACAUGCUGACUUAAAUUUAAAAUUGUUGUCGUUGUAAUUUUUAAAGUUAAGCUAUCUGAAUGUUGUGUU